AUGGACCAUAUUCCAAACAUUUACCGCCCUGCUCUUGGGCAUAUUCAGGUCCCAUGCCUUCUUAGCAAGGAAUAUCGGUGUGAUUAUGCCGACAAAGAUUUCUUUUCCUUUCCCGAGAGGCAUGGGUGGGACUUGUGUGCGAUAAUGCGAAGGGAUUUCAAACGAAAUGGGCUUGAAACGCCUUUGCGAGCUGCCUCUCUCUUGCAGGCAUGGCUUUAUUUCGGAUUUAUGUCCGAAGUCCUGAAAACCGAGGUCUUGAUAAGAGAUUUUCUAGAAGAAAUCGAUGGUCAGGAGGUUAUCACAACAAAAUCUUUGCCAAGGUACAUUAACAACUGGCAAGAUGAGAUUAUCAGUCUGCCAGAGAUUGUGAAAGAGGAGAAAUUCCACUCCACUUUAGAGUUCUUUGGUGAAGUUGAUGUAUACUUCAAUGCAGCUACUCAAAACCCCCCAGGCAAACCGCAUUCCCCCUUGCCACCAGAGGUACGAUUAUCAAUUUCAGUCCUUCAUGCAACUCUUUAUUUUGCUAUGAUGCAUAUUUUUCGGAACGAAGACGACCCCUCACCGUCGAAUCCUAAGGAGUUCAUCCACGGCUUCCCUAUCGACUUUAUUGAGACUCGACUGCGAGGCCAAGGCUGGUGCCCAAGCGAUAUUGAACUUCUCAAAAACGGAGGGCUUGGGUCAACAUCCAUUUUAGAGCUCUAUUACGCAUAUCUCCUCGGGAACAGAGACGUCAUCAGGGACCAUUCCGGCUGUGAGUCUACCUUCAUUGGACGAUUUGCUUGUACAGCGUUCAAUAUCACCGAGGACGAUUACAAGCCAGCGCAUGUGGCCGGUUGUUCGAGAGAUUGCAGAGCUAUCGAAGUUGAUCAGAGUUGGCUGGAACAGGUCACUCAAGUAGGACGACUGCCUCUCAUUACUAUAUCUACAGACAAGUCGGGCGCAGCAUAUUUAGAGGCACGAGACAGUGACUACAACGCUGAUUAUGCUGCAAUAUCCCACGUCUACGCAGAUGGCCUUGGAAAUCCGCGCAAAUGUGCAUUGCCGACUUGCCAACUUACACGACUACAGAGUAGGGUAAAUCUUCUCAAUAACAAGAGGAGUGCGGCAGCUACGGAUUCCGCCAAUCUUCCCUUCUGGAUGGAUACUCUAUGUAUUCCCGUGAGGAGUGAUAUGGAUGACGUCAGAAAGACGGCCGUUAGAAAUAUGGCCAUGAUCUACAGAAGAGCGCAGGUGGUUCUUGUGCUAAACGCGGAGCUUGAAAACCAUUCGUGCCAUGCUUCUUCUGAGGAAAUCGCCAUGAGGGUCAGCACUUGCUCCUGGUUCAGAAGACUGUGGACUCUUCAAGAAGGAGUGCUUGCUUGCAACCUUUAUUUUCAGUUUCAAGACGGAGCUGUCAAUCUUGAAUCACAAGGAUUGUCAUGCGCAGGCCACGGAAAAAGGUUCUCAGUCAGAAGAAGGAUCCAGGCGCAGGCUAUCAAGCCAUAUACACGAAUAUGCGCUUUCCGCAAGAUGCCAAGAGAGAGACGCAUUCGCGAGAUAUACACUCUCACCCACUGGAGAACGACAAGCAAGGAUGAAGACGAGCCAUAUUGCCUAGCCACGCUUCUAUUAGCAGACCAGAUGGUACUACAGAGGAUAACCGCGACUAAAUACUUUUAUAAAAGGAGAGAGGAGUUUAUAAUGGGUCAGGGACUUUUUCCUGUAAAGACGCUAUUCUUUCUUGAAGUUAGAGUUGGCACCCGAGACCCACCAAUUGGCUGGGCAUUGCGCAGAUAUUUGUACAGAUCAGAACCCGAACCUGUUCCAGCCAGUGAUCCUCUUGCUCUCGUUGAUGAAGCAGGAUGGCAUGUCCACCUGUCUGGUAUAACAUGUUCUGUUUCUGAUCUCCCUGUCAAGCCUGCUGAAGGCCAUCGACUUCCAGACUUCACCAUUACAGAUGACAAUAAAGAUAUUGACCUCGAACUCUCCUCCUGUUUCUGGCUCAGAGACCAGAAUCCGCCUGAGGACUGGAGAGGCGUUCUUUCUGCCUUUGGAGCAUUGAAGAUUGGUAUCAUCAUCGAGCAAUGGCCGCUGAAUUACCACGUGCGACAUGAUGGAUUCACAAGCUUUUCGCCAACUCGAGGUGCUGUAAUAGCCAUCACGAAAGAAACAACAAGCAAGUUCACCGGCUUCUUUUGUGGAACUGUGGUGAUUUCUCGGGUUGGGUCUGGCCAAACAAGCUCACAUGAAAUACUCUUAGAUAUGCUUUCUGGAUUUGAUGUUUUUCAACAAGAAGGUAGUCCUCCGGUACAUCAUGUCCUUCAACGGCCAAAACUUCGAAAGGAUGCGAUUCCAAUAAGUGGUCAGCUUUUUGAUGAGAGUUGGGAGUGGUGUAUCAUGUAA